GAGUGAUUCUGCAGGUGGGGACCACAGACUACUUCUCAGUCCCUAUGCUUCCUGGCUGAUGUUUUGAUCGCUGGCGGUGCUUUCACUCUAGUGGUAGCAUGAGAUGGAGUCUACAGCCCACACAAGUGGCUCAGGUAGUGCAGCUCAUCCAGGAUGGGACAUCAAUGCGAGCUGUGGCAAGAAGGUUUGCUGUGUCUGUCAGCGUAGUGUCCAGAGCAUGGAGGCGCUACCAGGAGACAGUCCAGUACAUCAGGAGACGUGGAGGAGGCCGUAGGAGGGCAACAACCCAGCAGCAGGACCGCUACCUCCACCUUUGUGCAAGGAGGAGCAGGAGGAGCACUGCCAGAGCCCUGCAAAAUGACCUCCAGCAGGCCACAAAUGUGCAUGUGUCUGCUCAAACGGUCAGAAACAGACUCCAUGAGGGUGGUAUGAGGGCCCGACGUCCACAGGUGGGGGUUGUGCUUACAGCCCAACACCGUGCAGGACGUUUGGCAUUUGCCAGAGAACACCAAGAUUGGCAAAUUCGCCACUGGCGCCCUGUGCUCUUCACAGAUGAAAGCAGGUUCACACUGAGCACAUUUGACAGACGUGACAGUCUGGAGACGCCGUGGUGAACGUUCUGCUGCCUGCAACAUCCUCCUCAUGAUCGGUUUGGUGGUGGGUCAGUCAUGGUGUGGGGUGGCAUUUCUUUGGGGGGCCGCACAGCCCUCCAUGUGCUCAACAGAGGUAGCCUGACUGCCAUUAGGUACCGAGAUGAGAUCCUCAGACCCCUUGUGAGACCAUAUGCUGGUGCGGUUGGCCCUGGGUUCCUCCUAAUGCAAGACAAUGCUAGACCUCAUGUGGCUAGAGUGUGUCAGCAGUUCCUGCAAGAGGAAUGCAUUGAUGCUAUGGACUAGCCCGCCCGUUCCCCAGACCUGAAUCCAAUUGAGCACAUCUGGGACAUCAUGUCUCGCUCUAUCCACCAACUCCACAUUGCACCACAGACUGUCCAGGAGUUGGCUGAUGCUUUAGUCCAGGUCUGGAAAGGAGAUCCCUCAGGAGACCAUCCGUCACCUCAUCAGGAGCAUGCCCAGGCGUUGUAGGGAGGUCAUACAGGCACGUGGAGGCCACACACACUACUGAGCCUCAUUUUGACUUGUUUUAAGGACAUUACAUCAAAGUUGGAUCAGCCUGUAGUGUGGUUUUCCACUUUAAUAUUGAGUGUGACUCCAAAUCCAGACCUCCAUGGGUUGAUCAAUUUGAUUUCCAUUGAUAAUUUUUGUGUAAUUUUGUUGUCAGCACAUUCAACUAUGUAAAGAAAAAAGUACUUAAUAAGAAUAUUUCAUUCAUUCAGAUCUAGGAUGUGUUAUUUUAGUGUUCCCUUUAUUUUUUUGAGCAGUGUAUGAAGAGUGGUACUCGGUGAUGUGAUGGAUUUGUCCAGAUAAUAAUGCUUUAUAUUCAGGACAGAAAGUUAAUUUCUUUGCUACAUGUUUUGCAGUUUUACUUUAGUGCCUUAUACAAACAGGGUGCAUGUUUUGCAGUAAAAAAAUUAUAUACCGGCAUCCUUCUUUAAACUUUGUCAUUUAGGUUAGUAUUGUGGAGUAACUGCAAUAUUAUUGAUCUAUCCUCAGUUUUCUCUUAUCACAGUAGUUUUUCCAACAAUUGUUUACAGACAGAUAAUUUCACUUAUAAUUCACUGUAUCACAAUUCCAGUGGGUCAGAAGUUUACAUACACUAAGUUGACUGUGCUGUUAAACAGCUUGGAAAAUGCCAGAAAAUGAUGUCAUGGCUUUAGAAGCUUCUGAUAGGCUAAUUGACAUAAUUUGAGCCAAUUGUAGGUGUACUUGUGGAUGUAUUUCAAGGCCUACCUUCAAACUCAGUGCCUCGUUGCUUGACAUCAUGGGAAGAUCAAAAGAAAUUAGCCAAGACCUCAGAAAGAAAUUGUAGACCUCCACAAGUCUGGUUCAUCCUGGGGAGCAAUUUCCAAAUGCCUGACGGCACCACGUUCAUCUGUACAAACAAUAGUACGCAAGUAUAAAUACAAUGGGACCAUGCAGCCAUCAUACCACUCAGGAAGGAGACGCGUUCUGUCUCCUAGAGAUGAAUGUACUUUGGUGCGAAAAAUGCCAAUCACUCCCAGAACAACAGCAAAAGACCUUGUGAAGAUGCUGGAGAAAACAGGUACAAGAGUAUAUAUAUCCACAGUAAAGCAGUCCUAUAUCAACAUAACCUGAAAGGCCACUCCUCUAAAACCGCCAUAAAAAAGCCAGACUACGGUUUGCAACUGGACAUGGGGACAAAGAUCGUACUUUUUGCAGAAAUGUCCUCUGGUCUGAUGAAACAAAAAUAGAACUGUUUGGCCGUAAUGACCAUUUAUGUUUGGAGUAUAAAGGGGGAGGCUUGCAAGCCAAGGAACACCAUCCCAACUGUGAAGCACGGGGGUGACAGCAUCAUGUUGUGGGGGUGCUUUGCUGCAGGAGGGACUGGUUCACUACACAAAAUAGAUGGCCUCAUGAGGUAGGAAAAUGAUGUGGAUAUAUUGAAGCAACAUCUCAAGACUUCAGUCAGGAAGUUAAAGCUUGGUCCUAAAUGGGUCUUCCAAAUGGACUAUGACCCCAAGCAUACUUCCAAGGUUGUGGCAAAAUGGCUUAAGUACAACAAAGUCAAGGUAUUGGAGUGGCCAUCACAAAGCCCUGAACUUUGUGGGUGUCACGCCUUGGUCAUUGUAUUUUGUGUUUUCGUUAUAUAUUUGGUUAGGCCAGGGUGUGACAUGGGUUUAUAUGUUGUGGUUCUUAUUGGGGUUUUUGUAGUUAUUGGGAUUACGGCUGAGUAGGGGUGUUGCAUAGGCUUGGCUGCCUGAGGCGGUUCUCAAUCAGAGUCAGGUAAUUCUCGUUGUCUCUGAUUGGGAACCGUAUUUAGGUAGCCUGGGUUUCGCUUUGUAUUUCGUGGGUGAUUGUUCCUGUCUCUGUGUAGUGUUCACCAGAUGGAACGUGAAACAUAUUACAGCCUGUUUGUUGUUUUUGUAUUUAUUUAGUUAUUUCAUGUAUCGUUCCGUUUUUCUUCAUUAAAGACAUGAGUAACCACCACGCUGCAUUUCGGUCUGACUCUCUUUCAACAAACGAAGAACGCCGUUACAGAAUUACCCACCACACACGGACCGAGCAGCGUGUUAACAGGCAGGAGCCAAAGGAGAGGCAACAGAAGCAGCUGCAGUGGGAGAGGCUGCCCCACUUGGAGAAUUGGACAUGGGAGGAAGAACUGGAUGGAAAAGGACCCUGGGCUCAGCCUGGUGAAUAUCGCCGCCCCAAGGAAGAACUAGAGGCGGCUAAAGCGGAGAGGCGCUGGUAUGAGGAGGCAGCACGGCGACGUGGAUGGAAGCCCGAAAAGCAGCCCAAAAAAAUUAUUGGGGGGGUGGCUUACAGGGAGUAUGGCUAUGCCAUGUAGGAGACCUGCGCAAACUCCCUGUGCUUACCGGUGGGCUAGAGAGCGCACGGUGUUUCCAGUGCGGGAGCAUAGCCCGGUGCGGUUCAUACCAGCCCUUCGUAUUGGCCGGGCUAGAGUGGGCAUCGAGCCAGGUAAGGUUGGGCAGGCUCGGUGCUCAAGAGCUCCAGUGUGCCUGCACGGUCCGGUCUAUCCAGAGCCACCUCCACACACCAGUCCUCCGGUAGCAGCUCCCCGCACCAGGCUUCCUGUGCGUGUCCUCGAUCCUGUAGCACCAGUUCCAGCACCACGCACCAGGCCUUCAGUGCGCCUCGCCUGUUCAGCACAGCCAGAGCCUUCCUUCCCUCCUGCGCUGUCGGAGUCUCCCGCCUGUUCAGCGCUAUCAGAGCCUUCCUCCUCUACAGCGCUGCCGGAGCCUCCUGCCUGUUCGAAGCAGCCAGAGAUGUCAGUCUGCAUGAAGCAGCCAGAGCUGUCAGUCUGCAAAGAGCUGCCAGUCUGCAAGGUGCUGUCAGUCUGCAAGGAGCUGCCAGUCUGCAGGGUGCUGUCAGCCUGCAUGAAGCAGUCAGAGCUGUCAGUCUGUAUGAAGCAGCCAGAGCUGUCAGUCUGCAUAAAGCAGCCAGAGCUGUCUGUCUGUAUGAAGCAGUCAGAGAUGUCAGCCUGCAUGGAGCAGUCAGAGCUGUCAGUCUGUAUGAAGCAGCCAGUGCUGUCAGUCUGCAUGAAGCAGCCAGAGCUGCCAGUCUGCAAGGUGCUGCCAGCCUGCAUGGAGCAGUCAGAGCUGUCAGCCUGCAUGGAGCAGUCAGAGCUGUCGGUCUGUAUGAAGCAGCCAGAGCUGUCAGUCUGCAUAGAGCAGCUAGAUCCGCCAGUCAGCCAUGAUCUUCUAGAUCUGCCAGUCAACCAGAUUCUUCCAGAUCUGCCAGUCAACCAGUCUCUUCCAGAUCUGCCAGUCAACCAGAAUCUUCCAGAUCUGCCAGUCAACCAGAAUCUUCCAGAUCUGCCAGUCAACCAGAAUCUUCCAGAUCUGCCAGUCAACCAGAAUCUUCCAGAUCUGCCAGUCAACCAGAAUCUUCCAGAUCUGCCAGUCAACCAGAAUCUUCCAGAUCUGCUAGUCAACCAGAAUCUUCCAGAUCCGCCAGCCAGCCAGGAUCUACCGGAGCCGGCUACCUACUUGAGCUUCAUCUCAGUACUGGGCUUCCUCUCAGUACUGGGCUUCCUCUCAGUACUGGGCUUCCUCUCAGUACUGGGCUUCCUCUCAGUACUGGGCUUUCUCUCAGUACUGGGCUUCCCCUCAGUUCCGGGCUGCCCAUCAGUCCCGAGCUGCCCCUCAGUCCCGAGCUGCCCCUCAGUCACGAGCUGCUCCUCAGUUCAGUGGGGUUCUGGGUGAGGACUAUUAGGCCAUGGUCGGCGGCGAGGGUGGAUUAUCCCAGGACGCGAAGGGGAGGAACUAGGACAUUAAUGGAGUGGGGUCCACAUCCCGAGCCGGAACCGCCACCAUGGACAGACGCCCACCCGGACCCUCCCUAUGGUUUUGAGGUGCUUCCAGGAGUCCGCACCUUAGGGGGGGUUCUGUCACGCCUUGGUCAUUGUAUUUUGUGUUUUCGUUAUAUAUUUGGUUAGGCCAGGGUGUGACAUGGGUUUAUAUGUUGUGGUUCUUAUUGGGGUUUUUGUAGUUAUUGGGAUUACGGCUGAGUAGGGGUGUUGCAUAGGCUUGGCUGCCUGAGGCGGUUCUCAAUCAGAGUCAGGUGAUUCUCGUUGUCUCUGAUUGGGAACCGUAUUUAGGUAGCCUGGGUUUCGCUUUGUAUUUCGUGGGUGAUUGUUCCUGUCUCUGUGUAGUGUUCACCAGAUAGGCUGUAAUAGGUUUCACGUUCCGUUUGUUGUUUUUGUAUUUAUUUAGUUAUUUCAUGUAUCGUUCUGUUUUUCUUCAUUAAAGACAUGAGUAACCACCACGCUGCAUUUCGGUCCGACUCUCUUUCAACAAACGAAGAACGCCGUUACAGUGGGCAGAACUGAAAAAGUGUGUGUGAGCAAGGAGGCCUAAAAACCUGACUCAGUUACACCAGCUCUGUCAGGAGGAAUGGGCCAAAAUUCACCCAACUUAUCGUCAAAGCUUGUGGAAGGCUACCCAAAACAUUUGACCUAAGUUAAACAAUUUAAAAGUAAUGCUACCAAAUACUAAUAGAGUGUAUGUAAACUUCUGACCCACUGGGAAUGCGAUGAAAGAAAUAAAAGCUUAAAUAAAUAAGUCUCUCUACUAUUAUUCUGACAUUUCACAUUCUUAAAAUCAAGUGGUGAUCCUAACUCACUUAAGACAGGGAAUUUUUACCAAUAUUAAAUGUCAGGAAUUGUGAAAAUCUGAGUUAAAAUGUAUUUGGCUACGGUGUAUGUAAACUUCCAACUUUAACUGUGUUAUAUAUAUAUAUAUAUAUAUAUAUAUAUACCUUUAACUAGGCAAGUCAGUUAAGAUCAAAUUCUUAUUUUCCAAUGACGGCGUACCCCGGCCAAACCCUCCCUUAUCCUGGAUGACGCUGGGCCAAUUGGCAAUCCCAUAGGGCAGCGCAGAAUCACGGCCGGUUGUGAUACAGCCGGGGAUCAAACCGGGGUACUACUAAGUUAUUUGGAAUUGUUUUAAGACCGUUGUACCAAGGAUCAUUUUGCUAUUUGAUUUAGAAUUUUAAGACCCCUUGAAGUAGUGUGUAUGUGUGCGUGCGUGCGUGCGUGCGUGCGUGCGUGCGUGCGUGUGUGUGUGUGUGUGUGUGUGUGUGUGUGCUUGUGUGCGUGUGUGUGAGAGAGAGAAGAAGGGGCCUUACUGCUAUUACUUACCUUUUUGGGGCCUUACUGCUAUUAGCCCAUACAAACGCAUUGCAUAACAGAUGGUGUCUCACAAAAUGUUUUCAAGUAAGUUUGUUCUGAAUUUUUGUAUUUAACACCUUAUUUCUGGCACCAAACAGUCUCCAUAUAUACUGUACUUCCAUUCAUUUUUUGGCACAUGGUCUGACAAACACCGCUCUAGCUCUGUCACCUUUGUUACGUAGGCGGAUGCGAUGGAUUGAGAUGUAUCCAAUGCCGAAAAAUAGAUACAGUAUCUCUAGCUUAAAUGGACAGAUUUGGAAGUUUUUUUAUUUUAUUAUGCUAAUGUAUGCUAGGGUGUGGACAUCGACCUUAGGGGGGUUUACAGUCACCAUUGGCCUCAUGGUGAAAUCCCUGAGUGGUUUCCUUCCUCUCCGGCAACUGAGUUAGGAAGGACGCUUGUAUCUUUGUAGUGACUGGGUGUAUUGAUACAUCAUCCAAAAUGUAAUUAAUAACUUCACCAUGCUCAAAGGGAUAUUCAGUGUCUGCUUUUUUAUUUUUUACACAUCUACCAAUAGGUUCCCUUCUUUGCGAAACAUAAGAAAACCUCCCUGGUCUUUGUGGUUGAAUCUGUGUUUGAAAUUCACUGCUUGGCUGAGGGACCUUACAGAUAAUUGUAUUUGUGGGGUACAGAGAUGAGGUAGUCAUUUAAAAAUCAUGAUUAACACUAUUAUUGCACACAGAAUGAGUCCAUGCAACUUAUGUAACUUGUUAAGCAAAGUUUUACUCCUGAACUUAUUUAGGCUUGCUUUAACAAAGGGGUCAAACACUUACUGAGCUUUUCAUUUUUUAUUAAUUUGUAAAAAUUUCCACUUUGACAUUAUGGGGUAUUGUGUGUAGGCCAGUGGCACAAAAUCUCUAAAUUGGAUCAAAUUUAAAUUCCGGCUGUAACAAAACAGAAUGUGGAGAAAGUCGAGGGGUUUGAAUACUUUCUGAAGGCACCCAUACAAUAUAUGCCUACCACUACCAUCGUACCACAAGGUUCGUAAUCUCUCUUUUGAUAACCAGGACUGUUUUUUAACUCUAAUAUGGCUGGAUGAAUGAGACACAAUCUAGGCAGCUUUAUUCCAAAAACUGCAUAUUUAUGACCUGGAGGUUGUAGGUUCAAUACCAUGUUCUUCUCUUGUGCCUUUUGAACUUAAACAUCAGGGUUUUUAAAUAUUUUUUUUUCGUAGUUGGGUGGAUGGUAGGCUAUCUGACCUAGGUCCUAGACCAUGUGUGUAGUCACUCAUUGAUAUAGGCUAGUCACCCAGAGGAGGCUGCAUGAAUGGAAACCGACUGCAAACAGAUGAGCGUUAACAUCAGCAAUUGUCACACUGGUAUCUCUGAUAUAUCACUAUAGUACUCUGUAAUUACUGCUCUAUCAAAAGUCAACAUUUAAAAAUAAAACAAAUACAAUUUAUGAGGGUCUUUCAUUGGCAGAGGUCUGUAAGAGAGAUAAGAUUGGUGCUCUUUAGAACCUUACCUUUCGGUGACAGUUAGCCAAAAUCUCUCUUGUGUCAUUUGCAAUGACACCUUUUAAAUGUUUUGAGUUGAUCAACAGAAAUAGGUAUUUUGACAUUUCUCUAGAGGGUUUCUUAUUUUUUUGCCAUGUCUCCGCCCUAUCCUUGCUUUACAGACCGGAACCCUAACACCGGAACCCUAGUGACACACACUGACACAAUAAUUGUGUGUCUGUGUAACACAGGGCUAGAACCUGAGGUUAUUGUGUCUGCAUGUAUACCUCUGUCACGUGGGCUUCUGUUUUUAGAUGAAAACUUAUUUUGUGAGUCACAGAGAUGAUGCUGAUGUACUGGGAGUACUGCUCAUGCUUCUCUCAGCCUCGUGAGGAAUGAUAUCUUCAUGUCCCUUUUCUGCCCUC